UCAGAAAUGCUUUUCAAGAACAAAUAUCACAAAGAACGACAAAAAUAUUUUGACACAUCACUGCAACAUCUAAAUACCAAAAGGUUUGUUGUGUUGUUUUGACAAGAAAUGACAGAUACGAAGUUAGAUUUUGGGAACAUAGCAGGAGACAUUGAUAUUCCAGAUAAACAAAGCUCUUUAACAGGAAAAGGGCGUAUAUCAGGAUUUAAAGCCAGAAUAAUGUCUCUUUCACUAUCAAAUGUAUCAGCUCGAGAAUGGCUUUCGAAGACAAGAGAAGGGAUCAAACCAUGGGGAGAAUUUAUCAGCACCAGCAAGUUUAAAGUACCUAAGUCUGUCAAACCUGUACCAGGGAGAGUCAUGAAGAAUAUAGAACAUUUCCAGAGCAAUUAUAUGUUUGUUUUUCUUGGUCUGGUGUUAUUUUGUGUAUUGACAUCACCCAUGUUACUGGUUGCCAUAGCAGCUUGUUUGGGAGCAUGUUACAUCAUCAGUUUAAAAAAUGCAGAACAUAAACUAAAAAUAUUAGGUAAAGAAUUAAGUGUAGGUCAACAGUAUGCAGUAGUUGGUGUGUGUUCUUUUCCAUUGUUCUGGCUAGCGGGAGCAGGAUCAGCUGUUUUCUGGAUUAUUGGUGCUUCAUUCUUCUUCAUAAUGCUUCAUGCCUCUAUGUACAUGACACCAGAUGAGCAGGAGGCUGUAGAACUAGAGAUGGAUGAGGUUGUGUAAUAUGAGAAAAAACAAACAAUGAUAUCAGUCAGUACACUACGGGUGGCAUUAUAUAAUAGUGGCAAACAUUGGUUUAUGGGACAGUUACCAUGGUUUUUACCGGAUGUCACAUCCAGCAAAUACUUUCAUCUAUAGAAUAUUUAUGUGCAUUUUUAUCAUAUAUACUGUAAAUUCAGAAAUUAAUGCGAGGUUUUUAUAAAUGCCAAAAAUACGACUGAGAUGCAAUCGCAAUAAUUUAAACUUGCAUUUUGAAAUCUUUUUUAUGAAUUUUAACAGGAUUUUCCUCAAAAUUGAAAAAAUUAAAAUUGCAUUUAAGUCUAAAAUGACAAAAUCGCAAUAAUAAAUGCACGCACUAAUUUCUGAAUUUACAGUAGUGUAUCAUAUCAUGAUUCAGAUAGAAUCCAUACAUUGUCGAGAUAACAAUUAUAAUACCCAUUAGAAUUGGUGCAAUAGGUCCACCCUAUAACUCCUCACUGCUCUAUAUUGUCUAUCAUAAAGAUAUUUUGAAUAUUAGCUGGAAACAAGCAUUGUAUAACCCAACAGUACAAGCAAAAAUCUUUUUUUUCACUUUGGGCUUGUGUUUGGUUAUAAAUGUUCAUUCAUUUUACUUCCACAUAUUAAAUGGGUUGUAUAUAGUGGUCCUUUUGUUUGUUUGUUUGUUCAUCCAUCUCCACUUUGCAUCUUCAACUUGAUUUUGGAAGAAAUUAAACUUUACAGAAACAAUUGUUUAUAAAUGUUAUGUCAUUCAAAAUCUCACCUUAUAUUUUUUCAAGAGUGUUGGGUUCCCUAUAACAAAAAAAAAUGGACAUUUCAAAUCUGUACAAAUAAGGUGGCUCGGUUAUGAAUAAGUGAGUUCUGCUUUAAGUUUUUCUUGUAGUUUAUAUUUGAAAUUAACAAGUUUUGAUUUUGAAUUGUUAGUGAAUUUUAUGUUUUAAAAGAGAUGAUGUUAAUGUGUUGCAUGAGGAAGAUUAAGAAAACUUUUUUUUUACUAAAGAUUUAUAUAAGUAAAACGUUAAGAUUUGAUUUGUGAAAUCUCAUCUGUAUAUCUAAUAUUACAACAUAAAACAUACAUAUUUUAUACCAAUUUUAUUUCAAGUUCUCAAGCCAAAUGUAAACUGUCAGGUUUAAAAGAAUAUCCUGUUAUUGAAACCUGGAUUGGCCAGACGAUAGUCCUAUAUAUUUUAUAGAUGUACUUUAAAGGUAACUGCAGGAAGCUAACAGUUGUGUCAUUUGAUCUAGGUACAAUGAAAUUGUAUUCACAAGUUAUCAAACUAAUAGGUUCACAAAAAAUGGCAUUUACAUAGUAAAUUAUAUAAUCAUUCAGCACCAGUUUUGCAUCAUGUUGGUUUUUUUUUUUCAUAUUUUUUUUUAUAAAUUUUAUAACCAUAAAAACAUAAAUACCCCACUUCUUCUUAAAUCAAAAUAACUCAGAAGGUCAAAAUUCUAUUUUUUCAUUUAUUGAAAUAAGUUUUUAUAAAUUAAGGUUUUAUCAUAGAAAUGUUAAUGAUACUGUGUUGAUUUGAUUGUAUCCAUAAGCUUGAAUUUCAUAUAUUUAAGUAGAAACAAUAAAUUUAAAUAUACUUUAUUGCCAUAAUAACUGAGGAUUUUAUGAUGCUUUGUUAAAGUCAUAUAUCAUAGACAACUUCCUGUUAUCAAUACAUAUAUAAAAACAAUUGAAAAAAACAGAUUUAUAGGACUUAAAGUAUAUGCAUUUGAUAUAUUGCAUCAGUAAAAAAAAUCUUUAAAUGCUGUGUUUGUUUUUAAUUUGGAGAAUAUUGUAAUCAUGUGCUAAUUCUAUAGGGAAAUUGAAAAAACUUCAAAAGAUAAGACUGUUUCAUGAUGAUUAAGGAAAAAAUAUAAACUUAAGCUGUUAUAUAUGUGUGUCUUUGUUUAUGAAAUAGAAUUAUAUUAUUAUCAGAUCUGUGAUAUGUGUUUGUUUAUGAACUAAAAUGUGUUCAAGAGGGAUUUAAUAAAUUAUUUACAUAGGUAUACAAAUGUGUUU